UCUUCAGAAGGGGAAGAUUUCCACAGGAGAAUGGGGAUAAGAAAUCAGUCCACAGUGACCGAGUUUGUUCUUUCAGGAUUGACUGACCAACCAGAGCUUCAGCUGCCCCUUUUCUUCCUCUUCUUGGGGAUUUACAUUGCUACCAUCGUGGGAAAUCUCGGCAUGAUCUCCAUAAUUGCACUGAGUUCUCAACUUCACAUUCCCAUGUACUAUUUUCUCAGCAGUUUAUCUUUCAUAGAUUUCUGCUAUUCUUCUGUUAUUAUCCCCAAUAUGCUGGUAGGGAUUUUAAGCAGAGAUAAAUCUAUCUCUUAUGCUGGAUGCAAUAUUCAGUUUUUUUUAUUCUGUGUGUGUGCUGUUUGUGAGUGCUACAUGUUGGCAGCAAUGGCCUAUGACCGCUAUGUCGCCAUCUGCAGCCCCCUGCUCUACAAUGUCAUCAUGUCCCGUCGGGUCUGUUCGCUCUUGGUGGCUGCUGUCUUCUCAGUAGGUCUUACCCUUGGCAUGGUUUUUGAGGGUUGUUUGCUAAGUUUGAAUUUCUGUGGAUCAAAUAUCAUUAAAAUUAAACAUUAUUACUGUGACAUCGUCCCCCUUAUGAAACUCUCCUGCUCCAGCACAUAUAUUGAGGAACUUUUGAUUUUUGUUUUUGGUGGAUUUAACAUGAUAACCACCAGUGUGACAAUCAUCAUUUCAUAUAUUUUCAUAAUUUCCAGCAUCCUCCGCAUCCAAUCUAAAGAGGGCAGGGCCAAAGCUUUCAGCACCUGUGGCUCCCACUUAACAGCUGUUCUUAUUUUCUAUGGGUCUCUCAUGUCUAUAUACCUCAAACCUGCUUCUAGCAGUUCAGCCAUCCAGGAGAAAGUGACGUCUGUAUUUUAUACCAUUGUGAAUCCCAUGCUGAACCCCCUGAUUUAUAGUCUGAGGAAUAAGGAAGUCCAAAAUGCCGUAAUAAAACUCUUAAAGAGAAAAACAUCUUCAUAA